AUACAGGCUCCACGUUACUUACACCGACAGCUUUUCAUCCAUUGAAAAAGGAAAGUUCAAUGUCAUUCUCACCUUCUGAGGAUGGACCAAUAAGAUUGAAGAGUUAGAUGAUGGUGAGCAAACAAAGUUGUUUGCUCACCAUGGUUAGAUUUCAUCCAAAACCCCCCGUGUCCAACUGCGCAGUUGAAAAACCACUGGCAGCUCGAGCAGAGUGAGGAAAAAAGAUUCUAAAAGGCAACACAUUCAUGAGUUGGAAAGAGCGCAAACGUCUAGAGAAGACCAGUGUAAACUUCUUCCACCAUGGGCAAGCUGACGGUCGAGGCUACUGGAAAGACAGACCCAGAGGACCCGCCUCCCUAUCCUUUGGAGCCCCUCCCAACUAAGCCUGGUCUCCAGACUAACAUCGUGGUACCAGAGGCAGAGCCUGGGUACCCACCGAACAUCAACACCCGCCUUUGGAACUUUCUGUUCUGCAUUUGCACGCUGUUGGAAUGUUGGAAUGAACAGGAUAUCACCCUGGUUACCGUCUGUGUGGUGCUGGUGGCGCUGGUCAUCCUCGGCGUCAAGCUGGCCAAGAAAUGUAAGAUGGCUAGGAAACAUGGAUGCAGUGACAGUGGAGAGGAAGGGCGCAUGGAGGAUGGUGACUGCGAAGAGAUGACGGUCGAGGCUAACGGAAAGACAAGCCCAGAGGACCCUCCUCCCUAUCCUUUGGAGCCACUCCCAACUAAGCCUGGUCUCCAGACUAACAUGGUGGUACCAGAGGCAGAGCCUGGGCACCCACCGGUCAGUACUACGGAUUUAAAAUUCUUGGAUCAAGCUUUGACAGUGGAGUAACAGCU